UCUGAGGGGCGCGCACUCAGGUCGGCAGAGGGAGAACCCAGCCCUGCCUGAGUCAAGGUUCUUGGGGGCAUCACCCAGGAAGACGGAGCGUGUGAGGCCCAAGUGUUUCCUUACACAGGAACCCGCCCCUGGGUCCCAUCAGCCACCUCCUGUCCACACUCCUGACAACUGCCGAGCAGGAGUCAUCAUGCCUCUGAGUUACGCGAGUGAGGGCUGCAAAUUUGAGGAAGACCUUCAGGACCCAAGAGAGGCCCACCACCUGGAACCUGGGCAGCUGGUUAGGGCUGAGGAGGAGGGGGAGGAAGACGCCCCAUUUCCCUCAUGCUUCUCUUCCUCCACCUUUCCCCUCACCUGUAUUGUGUUCCAGGAUGCCUCAGAGGAGGAGGCUGCUGCUGGGAGCCAGAGUUCUCCCAGUGCCUGCUCCUCCCCCAGAGCCCUGGAUGCUGCUCCUUGGAGCCAAUCUGAGGAGGAGAGCACCAGCAGCCAGGAAGAGGAGGGGCCACACACCUCGCAGGAGCCAGCAGAAGCUCAGGCCCCCCCACAAGAAACCCUGCAAGAGAAGGUGGCUGACCUGGUGUACUUCCUGCUCCACAAGUAUCGCGCCAAGAUGCUGACCAGCCAGGCCGAGAUCCUGAGGGAAGUCCUCGAUGAUAACCUGGAGCACUUCCCUGUGGCCUUCCGCCGGGCCUGCGAGUGCCUGCAGCUGGUCUUUGGCCUUGAGGUGCAGGAAGCAGAGCCUAAUGGCGACUCCUAUGUCCUGGUCACCACCCUGGGCCUCACCUAUGAUGGGCUGAUGAGGCCUGAGGAGAUCAUGCCCAAGACGGGCCUGCUGGUGAUCGUCCUGGCCGUCAUCCUCCUGAAUGGCGACCGCUCCCCCGAGGAGCGCAUGUGGGAAGCUCUGGGGGCGGUAGGGGUGUUUGCUGGGUUGGAGCACAUCAUCUACGGGGAGCCUAGAGCGCUUCUCACCGAGGUGUGGGUGCAGGAGCAGUACCUGGAGUACCAGCAGGUGCCCCAUAGUGAUCCCCCCCGCUACGAGUUCCUGUGGGGCCCCAGGGCUUAUGCUGAGACCAACAAGGUAGACGUCCUGGAGUAUUUUAUCAGGGUGAAUAGCAGGAAUUCCAGAAGCUUCUGAGCUCUCUCUGCAGAGGCUGUGAGUGAUGAGGAAGAGAAGGCCUGAGCCAGAGUGGCAGAGGGCAUCUCUGGGUUCCUUCUCUCUGCGGUGACUUGGAAUUGAUUCUCGUUUCCCUUAGGAAUUUUUUAACUGUUAUCCCUUCAAUAGAAAGUUUAUUAGCUUCAGCUGUGCUUGCGGAUGCAUCCGUCACAUUGGUACAUUGUGCUCAUCCAGUUCAAGAGUGAGUUUUGCUGUUUUGUAAACCUUCCAUCUUACUUGUGCCCAGAGUUCUGUAAUAUAGCAUUGGAAUAGGCAUUUCCUUGGAAAUGUGACAGAACUUAGCAGGAAAAUUUAUGGAGUCAAGAAAUAGAGAAAUAAAUGUG